AUGUUAAAUAACGAAGUGAUGAGCUACACUUAGAAAUUAUGCAUUAAUUUUGGUUUCCAUAUACUACGGCAGAGGUUGAAAUGUGUAGGACUUGAGGAUGGUUCCACUGAGUCCUUAUUGAGAAGGAAAAUAUCUGAUUGGAAAAUCUGUCACUUAGUUAAGCAUCAGCAUCACCUGGACUGUGAGGACUGUUGGCUCUGCCCUUGAAUACUUGGGUGUGCAGUAAGACACACAAGCUUUGAACACCUGCAGCUUGGAUUCUGAGACAUACAGGGUGGUUAUUCUGUGUGAAAGUGUGUAAGUCUAUGUAGAGUACCUGCAAGUGAGUGGUUACAUGAUCUGAAACCUCACCUGGUUUAAGAGACAGGUUUUGGGUGAAAAGUGUGUGCCAGCAGGUAUACAAAAUAAUUUUCCUGUGAGGGAACUCAAGUUUAUCUAUUCACAUGUGCUUGAAGCCUGCAUGGCAUUAGGCCAGCCUCAGGACAUUGAUCGAGUCUGAGAUUCAGCCUGCCUAAAUGUCUGAUUUGUCUUCAAUGUGUUGUAAGACAUCACAGCAUUCACUUAAUAUUCACUAAAGCUUUGUGUCUAUCUCAUUUGUUACCUGUUAAUCUAAAAACACUGUAUAGCAUCUAGAGUGUGAGCUGAGGAAUGUAAAGGAGCUGGCCUUUACUGUAGCUGAUAGAAAAUGUAAUAUGCUGAAAGAAACUCUCUAUUGGCACCUUCUUUAAGGGAAUUUUUAAGAGAGCAGUUGUACAGCAUUCUUUUCCUCAUGCUCAAAAACAACCCCAGAAACGAAAAAAGCAGAAUAGUGUCACAGAUAUCCAUCACUCUACCACACUAAGAAGUGAAGACAAGUGAAGUCACUGGUUUCUCAUGGAACAGUUUAAUGCAUAUAAAAUAUUUGAGCAGAUAUUUGGAACACUUUGGCACUACUUCUGACCUAAAUGACUGUAAAACCGUACCUCACUAAACUGUAGAAGCUCUUUCUGUGGAGAGCUGGCGCUCCCUGUGCAUUUCCUCUCUUACACUCCCGGUGAAAAAAUUCCAUACUUCAUGUUCACAGUUGUACAAUCAAAUGCAUAAACCGCACGGAGCCCAAGAUAAAACUUGUGUUUACAUCUUAAACAUUCUUCAGCAGUCUGAAAUAGUCCAUAAGCUGUAUAAACCAAUUUUUAAAGAAAACAUUUACAUAUGCAUUAAGUAUAAAAGUCUUUUGAAACUACAGCACUAAAAUACUAAAGUACUAACAGUUACAUCAUGAAAUACCUAAAGCUGAUGAAUGCUCUCUGUUGCAUUAGCUGCUCAAAGGCUUACUCCCCACACACCGUGGAGCCCAGAGGCACAGCGGCAGCGGGGGAAACCCCAACAACCCAGUCAGAGGAAUGAGGCUCCAAUCCAGCUCCUCCCGGGGCAUCCCAGGGGGGCGUCAGUGCCAUGGAGUGGGAGUGAGACCCAUUGCUGUGAGUCAAUCAGAGAGAUUUUCUGGGGCACCUUGCAGACUGAGAGUGGGUACAGGCUGGAGGUAGGGGACUGGAGGUAUGGGAUGUGGGGUAGCGCAUCUUGGGAUUCUACGGGGAUUGUACAAAAGCUUAUUAUGAGAUGUGUAGGGAAAGAACCAAAGGUGGAGAAACGGGGGUCAAUGUGGUUUGAGGAAGAAACAGAGUGGGAAAAUAGAAGGAUAAGGGGAUAAAAGAGGUUGGUUACAUGUAAACAGAAGCAGGUUAUAGACCAUGCCCUUGCCUGAUCAGUGCAGUCUGUCCUGUCCUCUCAUUGAACACCAUUUCUAACUUGGAUGCAGGCCUUUCUCUGUGUGAAUGCAUACGCAUGGGAGGUCUGCCUGCUGACAGCUGAUGACAGGAGCUCAGAGUGACAGCAGCUGGAGAGACUGGAGUGAUUAUUUUGUGGGUACAUAUGUCAGUUUGUAAUCACUAGCAAAUACCAAGACAGGCUUGCUGACAAAUAGGAUAAGAGGAAUGGAAGCCAAGUGAUGGAGUGGCUGUAAAUCUAAGAUACUGGAGGAAUCAGGGUGUCCGAGAUUUGGCUACUUGAGGGACCAGGUGGUCAAAGCCAGUGACUGGAGAUGCUGUGAGGUCUGAGGGUUGGCUACUGAUAAGGUCUUAAGUCUGCACCAGCUAACAGAUGUGGUGUCUGCAUGUGUCUGUGCAUGAGGCAAUAUGAGGGGCAAUUCUGCACUUUGCAUGUCAGAAAACCAAGAUGAUGAUGAAGUGCUUCAACUCCCCUUGAACAAACAGUUCAAGUUCUCUUACAGUGACAGAUAAGUAGACUUCUUUUGUUCUUCUCUACUGGGAAGUAUAUAAUCAUCAUAUACUUCCGCAAUGUUAGCAUUCUUACUAUUAACAUUUGUUCCUGAGAAAAAAGAAGUCACUGUGUCUCCCAGGGUUAGCCCACAUUUUAUCUGGCAUACAGUGGCAGUGACUGAUACAGACUGUGGCUCUCUACAGGGUAAGUGUUCCCUGCGGUGGACCUUAGUCCUGGGUACCUUAGUCAUCCAGUUGACACCAAGGGCUCCUGUGAGUGCACAGCCCAGGCCCCUCCUGAACCACAGCUUUGUGGGCAUGUUUGAAGACAGGUGGCAGGGGCUCAAGAUCUGCAGGCAUGCUCUGGCGUGGACUUACCAGUGUGUGGACAGCAUAUAACAGUCUGGCAGACACUGCUUCUCAUGGCCUUUUAGGAGAGGAAAAGCAUUUUAUUUGCUUGCUUUCAAAUACCAAGGUGAAGUUGUGUUGGUUCAGCUUAGAAACAUUAUGUCCUUUUAAGUCUGUGCGAUUGGUUGUGUAGAGAUAAAAGAAGCCACAGCUUGGCCUAAGUAAAUAGCUCUGCAGUAUAAAUGGAGAGACAAGACGGCGAGCAGUAGAAUCGCUAUGGACCUGGACAGCCAUUUGCUGUGGACACUGUUUGGUAUUUCAAGGAAAUAUUUUAGAAAUUAAAAUAUCUAACUAAACCCAAUUUAAGGGAUUUUUUCUCUUCUAGUUGUAGUCACUGUACAGUGUUAACUGUGGUUGACUGGCAAGCUGAAAAAGAAAAGGCUGGUUUUAAUAUUCUGUACAUUUCUGCAUGUCAGGUACUUAACUAAUGAAAUCUGUGAGUACAUGAGCUAUUGGUAGCUAACAAAAAUUACACUUUCAGACAUACAAGCAAGCCUUUCGUUGCAUGAAGCAGAGACAGCAUAUGUUUGUUGGCUUGAUUUUGUUCCUGUUUGAGAAGGAUUGCAGCAUGAAAAGUAACACUACCCGCUUUACUAGCACUCUGAAUCAGAGAGAGCGUUGAAUACAUGCUUUUUGACUGUUGGUCUGAAUGACGCAAAUAAAUAAGCUUUCAGAUAACAUCUGGAUGCUAGGGCGCCGGUGAUGGCACAUGUUGACAGUGGAGUGCACAAGACAAAACGUAGCAUGGGGAGCUGUAAUGCUGCAAUGAAUAAUACAGAAAGCAGGAUUUCUCUAUUAGUCAUUCAGGAGAUGUCUAAAAUUGCCAGAAAGUACCAUAGUCUCAGAGACAGUGAAACUUUCUGUCUAAGGCAAUGCUAUAAAAGACUGAAAAGUGGGUUGUCUAAUUACUGUAGCUGAGCAGCUGAACUAGUAGGGAGCUGUGGAGUAUGGCUGAUAAGCAGCUAAUUAAUAAACUAGAGACAUCUUGCUUGUUAGUCCCUCAAAGGUCUGCAGAAGGGAUCUGUGAUGUCUUAAAUGAGGAGAUGCAGAUUGUGAAAUCUCUGAAUGCCUGGCCUGGAGAAAUGAAGUGUGAAAGGAACUAAUGAUGCUGGCAGCAUUUGGAAUGUGAGCACACGCUGUCUGUGUGUGUGAGGCAAUUAAAGAGCUGCAGCACCUCACGGGCAACGGAUCGCAGAAGGAAUACAUUCUGUCUGUACAUGGAUGUAAUGUACCCACACAGAUAUAAACUGAGUAAUUGUGAUUCCAGUUGCUGAUGUGAUUUCCUUUGCUGGGCUUAAUUAACAACAGUUCAGCAUUACAUUAGCUGCUAGUUAAAAUACAGAUUGAGUAAAGGAAUAUAAGUGACUAAUCACAAAAUGCAUCAAGUGACUUGUGGGAGAUGCAGAUGCUGGAAUAACUGGCGUUAAUAUUGGCUAGUAGGUACAGUACAUGGGUGUUCUGGGGAUAUCUAGGCAUGGUUCUGCCUGGGGAGGAAAGACCAAUCCUAGAAGAAAGACAGCCUCCUCCAUUGCAGUCUAUUGAAACUAGCAGUUAACACAUCACCUUAGCUUUCUUUGAGACACUGAGCAAACCAGGAGUUAGGUAAAAGCUUGGCUAACAACAGCUACUAAACUAACUCCAUGUAGAAGGAUAAAUAAGACUGCUAUACUGCAACUGUGACAUGGCCUGCCCAAAUAUUGGCCUUUCUUCUAGCUGAUCAUGAAAAGUUUGUCUUGUACCUAUUAAAAUGGUCUCUAGUGCUUUGUUUUGGCUUCUUCUAAGAGUAUGGCUGUCUCAUCCUUAUUACUGGUUCUUGCUUUUCUUUUGUGUAUUUGAACUUUUUCCAGUAUACAGCUGCAGUCCUCUGUUAUGCUUGUCAUACAACUUGAAUAAAUAGAAAAAAAUCCUACCCAGCGAGGUGUCUGAGCACCAUAUUUUUCCAUUUUUUUCUCACAAGAUUACAUUCUUCCUUCGUCUAAUAAACUUUUAAAACGGCACAGACACUUUCAGUUUGUUUAUCUGAAAACAUAAGCUACACUAUAAAUGGAAUAUCGCUGGCCAAAGUUGAGCUCCACUUCAUUCUGUCUUCUCUCGCAGCUUCUCAAGAACUUAUACUGCUGGUGCCAAAUUAGUUGCAGGGCUCCAGGUAUUAGCCACAAAGUGCUAGCCACAAAGACUAGAGUCGCUUCCCUGUGCUGCCUGUGGCAUUCUACAAAGAUUCCUGACCAUUGUGUGUUGGGGUUUAGUUUGUUUGUUUGUUGUUUUUGUUUUUGUUUUUCCUUACCUGCCAAGUACUGCAAUAUUAGGUUUUAGAAAAAAGUAGUUUAACUCUGAGGCUAUCAUCUGAGCUACUUUGUCUCUAUACUUCAGGUGUUAACCAUCUUUGAUAUGUUUCUGAUAGUCUCUCUUUAGUAUGCGGUUUAUAAUCCUGAUUUAUAUCCAGUUCUGAUUUUCAGUGUAGAUUUAGAAGUCAGUGACCUGGACUUUCAGCCUUAAACUUCACCUUUAAGAAUCUUAUAAUUUCAUUAUAGCGGUAUGAAUCUGAGACACUUGGCUAUUCCAGUGAGCUCUUCUGAGAACUGGAUCAAGGACCUGAUUCCUCUGUAAAGGGUAGAGUUGAGAGUCUAAGCAACACAGAUAUAUGUAGAUAUUUUGUUAUAAAACAGUACCUUUGCUUUUGAUUCAAUAGAGAACAAGGUAAACACUUGCUGGUAUGUUUAAUGCAUUAUCAUCAGUCAUGUGGGGAAGGCAGAGCAGGAGCUGGCCACUGCUGUGAUGUUUGUGUUAAGCUUUUCCUGAACUCUUUCACCUCUGAGACUGACUCUGUUUUGGUUUGUGCUCUUUGUUUUAUUUUUCUUUUACAAAACUUGUUUCGCCACUAGGAACUAUAAGUCACAUUAGUGAUCACCUGUGAUUAGUAACUUGGAGGAGUCUAGUUUUGGAAUUAAGUGGCUGAGGUGUGUUUCUUCAGAGGGCAACUCUUGAAUUUCACAACAGAAAAUAAAACAAACUGGUAAUGUGUUUCACUGCUGAGUUUCAUCUGUAAAUAUAUUUAACCCAAACAUUGCAUCCUUGUGCUAAUGAAGAAGAACCAGAAAGCAAAGACAACAGGUGUCGUUGCAGUGAUGAGGAAAAGGGAGGCAGUUCGAGGAAAGAAAAAAUAACUGCAUCUCUCAUUUCUUACUGUGUUUAAUCAAUAGCAUAAAAUAGCUGGUAAACCAUUAUUCUUGUAACCAUCUUAUAUUAGUUACCCAUUCUAUUUAGGAACUGACUAAAUAUAAAUAGUACUUUGUCUAUGGAGAACUGAGAAUGGAAACUGUAACAUUCAAGAAUACAUAUACAUUCAAUAAUAUCCUUCUCUCGGUUAUUAAACAGGGCUCUAUACAAGACUUGCUGACCUCUCCUGGAUAAAGACUCCUAGAUGGUUUGGAAUACUCUGUUUGUUAAUGAGAAAAAGUUGGUUUUCAUCACAAAUUGGACUGAUCCUUUCUUCUGUUACAAACCACAUUAAAUUAAACUGGUUGCUGUAGUCAAGAGCAGAAACUUCCCAUGCCAUCUCACAAACCAUGUGAGAGAAACUGUGUUUUCAAAGCAUGACUUGGAUAAGACUGUAAUAAUCCAGUUCAGUUCAGUUCAGUUGAAUAAGCUGAGUUUUGUAAGUGAAAGCUUGGAAUUACUAACUUUGCCGUGAAGGAAAAGUCCUUAUCCCGUUAAACUCUACUACCAAAGGGGGCUGUUGGCAAGGUAGUGGAGAGUUCCUGGCUGACUUUGCUGGAAACCUUGCGGUGUUACAGAAACCACCAGCCACCCAGUCUGCUGCAUGUGGGACGUGAACUGUAAUUCACUGACAUUAUUACUGGUCAAUUAGGGAUGCACCUGCGUGACUGAGACCUUGAUCUGUGUCUAUGCUGUGCAAGCUGACACACACUCUUGCAGGCUUGCAGGUUCUGAACUGAGCACCGUAGAGACCAUCCUCUGCAGGGCUUUCACCAAGGACAAUGAGGAGUUGGAUUCCUUUCAGAGUAUGGUGCAGAACCACUAUGAUCUCACCAGAGGAUUCCUGGAAAGCUGCCAAAAAGACAGCAAAACUUUCUUUUAUUCCAUUCAGAAGAAAAAUAACCUGGGAUUCUCUACACACACCACACCAGCAGAGCUCUUUCAGUACAUGCCCCCAAUCUUUUUAGCUUUCAAUCCAAGGUUAAGAUGUUGGAAUGUACAUUGUUCAAAGAUCCUCCUGAACAAAAAGCUUCUACUACUGUAAAAGCCUGAAAGCCUUAGUUUCAUCUGUUCCUGUGCUUGGUUCUAUCUAAGCAGCAACAUGUUGAGUGACUUGGAGUGGGUCUUCAAAGUCUGGCAGUGGAAGAGGACAUUCAUCGUGCUGAAAGACUUAUUGAAAGAACUGAGCUCAUUUGGAAGUGAAUAAUAUGGGUUCAACUCUAUAAGCCCUAUAAGUUUCCAAAGUCCCUGCUGCUUGCUUCUUUUUUAUUUUAAUAAUGAAAAUUAUUUUUCCUUUGAGAAUACUAAAAUCUUUCUUUUCUCUAGUGAAAAAAAAGGCUUAGGGAUACUGUAAUCCUGAACAUAGAGUCUGUAUACAUCUUAUUUUAAUUGCCUUGCAGCCUUACUUAGGACAAAAAGGUCUGUGCUUCUGCAAUCUACUGAUCUGUUCUCACCCAAACGCUGGCACAGUAAGCAGACUGGAACACCUGAGAGGUACGUUACUGUUUAAAGCCCAGGGGAACAGCAAGAAGCAUUACAGCCCCACAGGGAGAGUGGCAGCUGGUGUUAGGUGAUGUUUUCUUCUUGGUUCUUAGUAUGUUCUUGUUAGGCCUCUUUUCUCCUGGACACCAAAUGUUUUGAUAAAUCAAAUGUAUGGCACUAAGGAGUGUCUGAAUUCAAACAUGCUGUGUGGAUUUGUCACAGUGAACAAGGCUUCCAGCAUUACUGCAGAUCUCCUUCUGAAACUCCUGGCACUCAUGCACUUACAGCACCUUCUAGUGAACUAUCCUUUUGAAAGUUGGGAUCAUCCUUUCAGUAAAAACUCUUGCAGGAAUUAUGCUAACCAUAAUGUGCUGGAAAAGCUGGAUGUUAGCUGGUAUCAGCGUGACAUUUUACCGAGGCUGGCUGAACUCUUUGCCUUUCCCCUUCCCUUGCAAGCUAUCUUAAUGAAUCUGAUGUGUGUGGACCAGAGAAGUAGUGAGUCUGCUGAGACUGUCAAAAUACUUGGCAGCAGUUUCUUUCUCUCUCCCCUUGGAAGUGACCGUCAUGUGAUGUCUCUAUGUGCACACACAGCAUGUAUGCGGACAGGAGACACCACAUAUUUUUUUAAAAGUAUUUCAAUGGUUUUGACUAAUACACUGGAAUCAGAAGUCAAGAAAACCAGAAUCAGCACAGAAAUGUGUGAAGGAUGGCAAAUUAGCAUCUUCGAGGAUUUACAAUAUGCAUAUACAGACAUCUCUUAGUUUUAUUUCACCCUCACACACACACAUACGUAGCCUAUUUUUCUUACCUGUUGUAUUUUCUUCUUUUGUUGGCUCCAAAUGGUGUAAAUAUUCACUCUGCUACUAUCAGUACAGAUAAGAGGGAAACAUCUUUCCCCCAGCUGCAGGCUUCUAGCUUGCCCCAAAUCUUCCGUAGGACACAGGAAAAGGUUUUUCCUUCACCUACUGGUUAUAAGCCCCUUCUGCACCUCAUUGCAAAGCUACUCUGAGUUACAAGGGUAGGGAAUUUUUUACAAGUAAAGUAGUCCGAUGGCUACUCCACUCUCCACAUAACCACAGAUGUGGGUGCUAGAGAUCUCUGUGUUCACUAGACAUAGGGGAUGCAAUGCAGGAACAAAGAGGCUGUUUUACACUUGCCCUGAGUACAAUAACAUUCCAGUUUGGUACCGUGUAAAUGUUUGAUCUGCUGCUCAUAUGUUAAGGUGUGGCUUAGGUAGGUUCUACUUGAUUGGGCCAUAAACAGGUUUACUGCCAGAUAUGUCCACUGAUACGUCAUUAUUAACUCCAGCUUUUGGAGAACUCUUAUAUUUGUGGGUGUUUUUCAGGUACUUUUAGAAUAAAUCUGAUACAGAGAGGAUACAGUUCUUAGCAGGCUGUAAAUAUAUAUGCUUUCUUUUGAUAUUCUAUAUUUAUUUACCCCUUUAGAUAUUCAUUAUCUAGAGUGCUGGGAAGCCUUCAGCGUAAGCAAGAGGUUAAAGAAAUGACCAGUGGUCUCUCAGCAAAACGUCUUUCCAGAGUUUCACAGAUGAAUGAAAAGCAUCUUUGUACAGCAGUGAGAAGUCUGUAGCUGGAUAAAAGUGAGCUGAGUGAGAAGUUAAUUUGCAGACCGUGGAAUAAUCACAUUGCCAUUAUUAGUGCAUUUUUUCUUCUUCAGAGCCACAGCAGCAUAUUUCCUACGAGAUUCUCUCCUUCAUCCAUUUACUGGAUAGUUUUCAUGGAUCCCAUUAGUGUGAGAUUGUGCCCAGCAGUUGUUUCUUACACUUGUUCCACUCGUGGGAAAAUUACUGCAUCACUUCGUUUUUGUUUUGGUUGGUUGGUUGGUUGGUUGUUUUUUUGUUUUGCACACUGGUGAGAUUUGGGGCUGUUGCAAUGACUUAGUAUUCCACAAGCAGGUGGUCUCCUGCAAAAAGGAUAUUAAUGUUUGUGUUAUUAUUAUUUGUACAGACACAAGGGCUAGUUAAUAUCUCGCUAACCCAUGAAAAAGCAGUGUGAACUUCUGACCAAACUGCAGCUCUUUUGAAACAUAACUCGGCAGGAAUAUAUGGGAACUGCUUAAUCUAUAUCAAGUAGUAUAUGAUAAGUCCUGGGUCUAAUUUUCAGCAGAUUGUUUUAGAGGGAUGAUUAAUUGAAAAAGCUCUUGAUCUGUGUUAUUUUUAUGAAUGCCUUUGACUGAAAUGUUAAUGUAAUGUUAUUAUUGUUUUGGAGCCUUGGGUAGUGAUUCAUCUGAAUACAGCUGAAUAAUGCAGCUUUUGCAGGAGUUUCCAGUGGAGGCACUCGAUGAUGGCAUGUCUGGAAUCUCUCCGCUCCCUCUGCCCAGUGAAUGCCAGAGCUCUCAAGGUUUGAAGGACAAAUAAUUUAGCUUCACUCCCUUUUCUGUAACCUGGCAAAUACAGUCCAUCCAUUGUGCUUGCUAAGAGAUCCAGGCUAACAAUAGUGCAUUUGUUAAUUGGAUUUCUAAGCUUGCUCAAAUGAAGGGUAACCCUUUUGUGCCGUGUUAUCUGUGACUUCUUUUUUUUUUAUUUCUAAGUUAAAAGCCAAAUUGGACCUCUUUGUCCAGCAAAAUCUUGAUGCCUUGACAACACUUUCAUCCUGGAGACAACUGCCAGCUUCCUUGAUCUGAGUUCUAUGUACAGUGAGUAAGUCUAAGCUCCCUGCUAGGUACCCUCAUAUUGUAGUGAAAUUUGAAUAUAGUGGGAAUUAGGGGGAGACACAGCACUAACAUGCCCAGACAUCCCUUCUUUACUGCAGCAAAGUGAUGGAGCUGAGAGAAGAAAACAGAAGAGCAAUCUAACUUUACCAUAUUCUACAAGGGAAGCUCAAGCCCUUAAAUAUAUUUCAAAUCAUGGAAUCAUAGAAUAUCUCAGGUUGGAAGUGAUCCAUAAGGAUCAUUGAGUCCAACUCCCAAAUAAUUGCUAUAGAUGUCAUCUGGGAUUCCCUUACAUGUGACCCAUUAGUCUGCACUCUGCCUCAAUGAGCCUGAAAUGGAUAUAUAUCCACCACCUAUACAGCUUUCCAGGAGAGUCCUGGAAACUUAAAAUAGUGCUGCACACUCUUGUGUGAAUGUGUCCUUAAAGCUAAGCUGUUUCUUGCUGUCAGCUGGCACAGUGUGGUGGCACACAAGGACAGAGGCCUCCAAUUGCUGAUGUGCACAUUUAGGGAGGAAGAGGAAAUAAAAAUCUUGCACAGGAGGACACCAAAACAUUCUCAGCUCCGGAAAUCAGUUUUAUUGUGAACUAACAGACAAACUGUAGAAGGUGGCGUGACAUGUUUGCCCUCACAAUGUAGAUUUCUGAUGGUGAGACUUCUGUGGGAUUAUUUGAAAAUAAUAAAAGCCAGAUAGUCGAAGUAUAUUUCCCUCUUGGAAGAGACAGGGUUUUUAUUCCUGUGUCUGUAUUCACAGCUUUCCUUGUACUAUUAUUUGGGAAGAAUCAAGGUUAAUCAAUGAACAUUAGUUUCUGCAUCAAGGUACAAGGUAGCUUCAGGACCCUGAAACAAAGCAAACAAAAAUCUGCAUUGCAUGGCUUACGUUUUAACUUCAGAGGUGAUGAAAGGGACAGUAACUCAACUUCUUGGAUCCUGCAUUGUCAGCUGUAAAUCCCUGCAUGUAGCUGUAUCUUCUUCAAAGAGUUUUCCUUGGUCCCUUGCAUUGUUUCUGACAGCAGGAGACCUUCAGGCCAGACGGCUGGUGCUCUCUCACUAGCAGGCCACCCAGUCAGAAGAUGCCUGGUAACUGAACUGCAAGGUCAACUUGAUUAGUGUCUUCUUCGGAUGAGCGAUGAGUGAGAAUGACUGGAGGAGUAGUCAUUGCAGAAUCCCUUGGUGCUCAUGACUGUGUAAGCAGAGCUCAGAUCAACUCUCCCUCAGCCAAGUCUCUUCUCUGGGCACAAGGCAAUGUAUUGAUACAGUCGGUCAGGCUUCAUAAGGCAAUGCUCCUUGCCCUCCUGGCAGUCGUGUCUUCUGGGGUACAAGCUCUCCGUUCACCUCAUGUGACUGCCAAUAGCUCAGGCUGAGCCCUAGAUUUUCCCAGAGUCACGUUGCUGAUUAUGCGUUGUUUUCCCUUCAUCUCCACAGUGUAAGAUCACCCAGCUGCAACUUUGUCCCCACACUGGCAAAAUAAGGGGAUUUGCUUGGGCUCAAACAGCCUGUUGACUAAAUCCUGUCUUCUGGAUGUAGCUGGUGAAAGAGGUGACUCUCUAAAUGUGAUAGUCAGUCUGAUGUGAUAGCAGGCUCAUCAAAUAGGUGACAAGCUUUCCCUUGAAGAAAGCACUUGAGGGUCAAUCUUCAUAGUCAUUUAAGAGCGACCAUGUCGUUUUCAAUGGCUUUUCAAACAUUUAAAACCCUUACAUCACGAACCCAAGAAUCUUUUCACUGUCUCCCCGUCAGUGUCAAACAGUGCCUCAGAGAAGCCGCUAGGGGGCAGCCUUUACCUGUCCUUCGGGUGCCGGUGACGCACGGUCAGACUAUUUGGGUGGGGAGGAUGAGAGGGCUCUUUCAUUCUAGUUACAAGAACGCUGGAUAAACGAGGCCUCCGCUACCAGGAACUAUGCUUACAACUUAAAAGUUAAUACUAAUUCUAGGGGAGAAAUCCAACUGCUUUCAUCAUGAAACAGUAGCUCACCAACAAAUUAAAUAUUUUGUGGUCUAAUAGAGACUGCAAAUCUCCCCUGAAACCACGUUUUUCUUUGGAAAGCGUACAAUUUGCUGUCCUCCUUCUUUUCUUUCCUCGUUUCUGUAGUAGGAAUGCUGCUGGCAGUUUAUAACUUUUCAGUUCUAGUACUAUCUGAAAUACAGGUUAAUACUACUGAAAUGCUUAAAACAAUAAAAGAAUUAAAAUUCUCAGUAAGCUCAAUUAUCUUAAAGGUCUUUUCCAGCCUAAAAGAUUCUAUGAUUCUAAGCUGCAGAUAAAUUGUUCUUAGGCUUCCCACCGGUAGCCUAAAAAUGUGUAAGGCAGCUGGAUGUAUCCUACUAGGGUUUAUGGAUGUGAUCCGGUGCUGGCUUUUCAGAAGUUCCAUAUAACGUUAGUUUCUGUGACACGAAUGCAGUGACAUUGUGAUAUAGUCACUCAUCAUAUUUAUUCCUAAUGUUUUGUCUACUGAAUUAAAUGCUCUUUGGCUUGCAGGUGUCCUACUGACAACAGCAAAAUUGGGUUUAUCGAAGAGUUGUCAGUUAUUUCAGUUGAAGAUGUUCUUAUAUCUUCUUAUUCCUUCAGGAAAUAGUCAAGCUAAUAUGACUGUGAAUAUUGGUAACUCAGAUGGGGGGGUGUCAGAGUGUGUGUCAGGGUGUAGGGCUUUUUUGUUAGGAUCAAGAGUGUGGGUUUGGAGAGAAUUGUUUGAUAACCCUCACUUGCUGUGAUCUGGUUUGCACAGUAGAGCACAUGAACCUUUUAGGUGAAGUCGAACUGGAAGGCAUGAUCUGCUACAGCAUAAUGUGCUACAGCCACAAACAUACCAUCUGUCACUGGGACCAGACUAAAGAUAGUCUGAAGUAACAAAUGCUUAAGCACGUAUGAUGUGCCUCUCUGGUUCUGAGCAACAACUGCUUUGCUCUGCAGAGGUUGCGCUACUUGCAGAUGAGGACACAGGUACCAGAAGAAAAAUGGAUAUAUUGAAAUGGUCUUUAAAUUGUCUUUAAAAAAGACAUCGAAAUGUCAAGCCAAAACUGCACAAUUAUGCAGCCUCUGCAUAUGUACUGAAAACCUGGAAAAAUCCUACCUAUGGCUUCCUACUCUGAAAGUAUUUGUGUAAGCCUGUGAAUGUGUUAGUCAUAGCCUCUGACUGUUACAGGAUGGGAACUGGCUUUUUGUGGCUGCAAAAUUGCAAAUUCCACCACUAUCUCUACUGCAGAUAGUGUUUGGUUAAACUCUGUAAAACCAUUCGCUUUUAGCUGACAAUCUUCUCAGAAGAAAGCAUUACUGUCACUGCUUUGAGCAUCAGGUUUUAUCACUGACUUCUGAAAUUUGCUCCUGUAGAGAGAAACCUGGUAGUGGCACCUUCUAUUUUUUCUUUUAAUCCCCAGAACUAUAUUCUUCUUUUCCCCUUGCUCCUCCCCACCUGCAACUGCAGAAGAGCUGGUUCUUGUGUGAUUUAUUGGGAAGUGCUGAGGGGAAUCUCUGUGACCCUAAGCUCACUAACAGCAACACGCUUCUGCUCCAGGAAGGGCUGUGAAUGCUUCUCCUCAUGCAAUUUGUGGAAAAAGUGGUCCUGUAGAUUUUUGUUCUCUUGAUAAAUGUCUUGCAGUAAUUACUGAGCUUACAGAUAUUGAUUUUUUUAAUGAGAAUGCAGAAGACAUAUUAAGAAGCCCCAUUAACUGUGCUACUAGAGUGAAACCUAAGACUUCACAAUGUCCUUUGCAGUCUUAUUUUGAUACCUGCUGCACAAACCUUCCCAAAGCAUUUCCCGGAGGUGAUGCUGGGACUCAUUGCACUGUACCUUUCUAUGCACACCGAGCAAGUGGAUGUUAUCCUACAGCUACCUGCCAGGUAGCAUCUUGAUUUUACUGGUAAGAAUUACUUGUCUGAGGUCACAGAGGAAAAACAUCAUCUUUUCCUCUCAUCAGGAUUCCCACCAGAGUACUCUGUGUCUGACAUCUUGAACCAAAGGGAAAAAAAUAAAUCAGUUGAAAACUGAUAUAGCUUGCCAGCUCUUAUCCCUGCAUUCCCUGUACCUUUUGAGCUUACUUGAUUGCCUUUUAGGGACAUGGCUUGUAAAUUUAAUUAACGUGCUAUUACUCUUUCCUCUAUCUGACAUGGAAAAGCUUGAAUUAAUUGAGUAUUGACUAACUGAACUAGUUACAGCAAGGCAUUGCUUUCCUCCAGCAGCAUGCUCAGUGGUGUGUGCAAGAGCCGAGGAUGAACUUAGGGCUCACUGGGCUGCUGUUUGCGGGUUGUAACCCCACUGCACCCGGGGAAACUGCCGCCUCCAGCAGCAAGGAUGAGCCCUGAAAGCAGGGUGGCUGCCGGCAGCCCCUGGAUGUGGCUCCUCUGGGGUGUGAAGAAGUAUCCCUUCAAGGAGGAUCUACCAGGGGAAAGGGGACCACGGUGGAGGAAUGUUGUCUGCAGCAACCUGGACAAUGACUGGCUCUCCAAAGACCGGGAUGAUGUCUGGUGCUCGCAGGCUGUGUGGCAGCAGCUGGUGCGGGAUGUGAUGCUGGAUGACACCUGCACCCUGGCACUGGUGGACUGGCUGCCUUUAGUUCGUAUAUACGCGUACAUGUUUAUGUUUAUAAAUACAUACUUACAUAUCCCAGUAUGUAUGUUCUACAUAUUCACAUACAUGCUUUGCCUAGUCAUAAGCAUGUAUAUUGUAUAUAUUUAGGUACAUAUACCAUAUUCAUGUUUAUAUGUACAUAGGUAUGUUUAUGCGUAUCUAUAUAUAGCCAUAGGCAUCCACAUACAUGGUUUGUAUACACAUACAGAUGUUUAUGUACACAUAUACACAUAGUGCUAUGCCUCCGCAUACCUGUGUUUUGCAUAUACAAAGGCAUGUAUGUAUAUGUGUAUAUAUACUGUAUAAACACUUAUUUCUUUACGUGCAUACCCACGUUGUAUGUAAGCUCGUGUUUUGCAUACACAGCUGUGUACCCAUACACACACAUCCAUACAUGCACCCACACUGCCCCCUCCGGCGGGCUCGCCAGCCGCCCAGGCCGGGCCGCGUCCCCAUGGCAACGCCCGGCGCGCCUGCGGGCCUCGCUCGCCGUUUGCCGCCGAACGGGCCGGGCCGGGCCGGGCCGGGCCGGGGGGGCAAGUGUGUGUUUGUCCAGCAUGGCUUGCAACCAGGCUGAAAACGUCAUCAAGAAAAUCGUUCGUGAAAUUGGACAAGAAUGUGCGGCCCAGGGACAAACUGUUUCUGAAACCUUGGUGGCGUUCAUGGUGAAAGCUGUUGUUUUAGAUCCAAGAAAUGACUUUAAUGUGGAUCAAAUCCUUAUGGAAAAAGAUGUGCAAAAUCUUAUCCAGCUCUGUGUUACCAGAUUGCUUGAUACAACAAACCCAUCUCUGAGCACAAUUAAGAUGCAAGUUUACUUUGAUAUGAACUACGCAAACCGAGCUGAAUUACUCCGUGAGCAGCAUCAUGUUCUGGAGGGAAGGCUGGCUCAUGUGCUCAGAGAAAUCACAGAUAGUCGUCCUCGUGUGCAAGAAGAAAUGGAGAAUGUAUAUCGAAAGAUUGUUAGCUAUGUGCUGCUGAGCUCUGGCCUGGGACCCCCAACAGAUAUUCAGGUUGUCAGGGAGGUGACAGCUGCCCUGCAGAGUGUAUUCCCCCAGACAGAGAUGAAUACGUUCAUCUCACUCAGCAAGAAGAACAAAGAGCAACAGCUGAAAAAUCUUGCCAUGCUAGUCACAGGGAUUCGGUUAUACAACAAGGAAUGUGGGAAGGGAGGAAGCAGCAUUGAUGACUUGCCAGCCAUUCUGAAUGAAGCCAUUCCGUCAGCUACACAAACUCUCGAUGAAGGUCUUAAUACUUGCCAAGCACGAGCCCACCAGUACGCAGCUCUGUUGGAAUCCAUGCAGGAAGACCAAGACAGAUGUACACAGCUUAGUUCUUUCAAACUGAAAGAAGCUCUGUUCAAUGUGAGACAAUAUGAGGCCUUCCUUUGCAUCCUUCUGUCUGAUGUAAUUACAAGUGCUCAAGAAGUUGAAAAGAUGAAUGUGCAGUUCACAGCAACAAUGGAGCAGUUGAAAAACACAGUGCAGAAUAAGGUUUCUGUAAAUACCAAUGAAGUUUUUCCUCUCUUUAUUGCACUUUCCAACCUCUGGACCGGCUUUCAGGAUGAGAUGCUACUGCUACACUUCCUCACAAAUAUGACUAACAAUCUCCAACAGUUCUCAGAAAUCCAAUCACAGCUUUUUCCUGAGGACAUGCUGUCAUCUCUUCUGGAAGGAAUGACUGUGAAAAGUGAUGAGGAAAGGAUAAGAGAAACCAAGGGAAUCAGAGUGAAUGUUUCGGAUUUCAAGAACCAAGAAUGGCUUUUUCCAGAGACUAUUGAUAAUUUUGACCAGUUGCCAAUCCAGUACCACAGUUUCUGUGCACACGCAAUUGGUGUGAAAGGCCUCACCCUCCCAGGAAAUCCUGCAAUUGGAAUUUUGAAGCACAGGGAAAGAUGUUAUGUUUUCAGUUCCAAAGAAGCUGCAUACCUCUUUGCUCAAGAUCCAGAUAAGUUCAUUCAACUGAAUGUAGAAAAAGCAAAAGAAUAUGCAGAGCUAAUUCAACUGCUUGAGCUUCGCCAUCAGUUUGAAGACCUUGUUUCCUAUGCCCAGGCCGGAAAUGCAGUCAGAUUUUUGAUUAAAACAACCAUAAAAUGUGACAGUAGUACUCAAACUGAUACUCAUAUCUUGCCUCCAACUAUUGUGACAUCCUAUGAAUGGAAUGAAUGGGAGCUGAGAAGAAAAGCUAUAAAAUUGGCCAACUUGCGCCGCAGAUUAACUCAUGCCAUGCAGACUGAGCUCAGCCAUAUGAGAAGGGAGAACUCCACCCAAGUGUACUUGCCAAAAGACGUUGGCACCCAGACUAAGCGUGACAGUUCUAGCAACGUACCCAGACCACAGAUCUUCUUGGAAGGUCUCCGAGGAGGAUCAUCUCCUACUACUCAUAUGGUCAAAGUAGACUUAACAAGAGCAGUAGAUGAAACCUAAGUGAAAAUGAGAAACCUAAAGAUAUAUAUUGAAUGUAUAUAUAAAAUCCCUGAAUAUAUCUGGAUUAAGAUACAAAAGAUUUUACUGUGUCUGUUGACUCUAGGAACAGUUGAUUUAUUUCAUUUAUCUUAUAUGUUGGGGCUGCUGACUGGCAUUAAAUGAUAGAAAUGGUAAGCCUGAAGCACAUAGAUUUUUAAACAGCCAUUUAGAUUCAAGAUGUUCCCAAAGACUUUGAUUUAAACUAACAUUUAAAUGUGUAGUGUGCAUCCUGGGAUUUUCUUGACAUUUUAAUACAAUGAUUGCUUGUUGAACCACCAUCCUUAAGAGUCAUGUCUUAAGAGAAAUAGUUUUUAUGAGAUACGGGCCGAUGCUGCAGCUCCGGCGGAGGCGUAAUUUCCAUUGGUGUGAAAUAAAACUGAUCCCAACAGAGUCACCUGAAUCUCACAGCUCGACUCUUAAAACAGAAUCAUCAAGAAGGUAAAGCCAGCAAAAUUACACCAGUUGGGGUCCUUGGGCCUGCCCAUUAGUGCUGUCAUUGAGCUUUAAGAUGAAACAUCUUCUCACAUGGGAAUAGGGAGUGCUUUAAAACAGAGAGACUCUUCACAACAACAAGAAGCUCCACCAGUUAUUAUCUGCAAAAUGUCCAGGUGUGAAACUGUGAUUGCACAGGACGUACUAAGGUUUCUAAGUCUCUUUUUUGGUGAGGUGCAGAGUGGUGCAUCAUGGUUUCCUGGGUCAUCGUUAUACAAACUUGUGAUAAUAAAGCUUGAAGAUUCAAGCUGCUGGGUGAUUUUUUUCUGUGGGAUUGUACAGAGUUGCAUUCACUUUUCAUCCGGCUGUCUCCAAGGCUUCACUUUUUAAAGUUCUACAACUGGGACAAAUCCACUCAAUAAAAGGACCGGGACAGGAGAGCAAAAAAAAGUUAGAUAGUUUCCACUAAAUGAUAUCCUCUUUUGCAAAAACUGAUCAGUAACAGCUGGGUGUGCUGCUCUUCCAUGUUUUUUCAAUCAUGAGCUGGCACCAGUUUUUAGAUGUAUUAAAAAAAAAACAUGAAUGC